UGCUAUUUUAAUAUCGUCGUUCUUCUUCUGGGGCACUGCCAUGGUGGCGAUGAAAGAAGUGCUUCCUAAAUACGGUCCUUUCUUCGUUUCGUCUUUUCGUCUCAUUCCAGCUGGGUUCCUUCUCGUUGCUUUUGCUGCUUCCAGAGGAAGGCCUUUUCCCUCUGGCUUUAAUGCUUGGCUUUCCAUUUCGCUCUUUGCUCUCAUAGAUGCUGCCUGCUUUCAGGGAUUUCUCGCAGAAGGGUUGGAGAAGACUUCAGCUGGUUUGGGCAGUGUUAUUAUUGAUUCACAACCUUUGACAGUGGCUGUACUUGCAGCUUUGUUGUUUGGUGAGUCCAUUGGAAUUAUUGGAGCUGCUGGGCUUGUACUUGGUGUCGUAGGACUUGUGUUACUGGAGUUACCUGCCUUAUCAUUUGAUGGGAGCGACUUCUCACUGUGGGGAAGUGGGGAGUUGUGGAUGCUUCUUGCAGCUCAGAGCAUGGCAGUUGGCACUGUUAUGGUUCGUUGGGUAUCCAAGUACUCUGAUCCUAUCAUGGCAACUGGAUGGCAUAUGGUUAUUGGUGGUCUCCCCCUUGUGGCAUUCGCAAUUCUUAAUAAUGACCCUGCUGUAAGUGGGAGUCUUAAAGAGUACAGUUCAAGUGAUGUAUUGUCACUUCUCUACACAUCCAUUAGAUUUCUGAGCACAACGUGGAUGUGUCGAUUGCUAUAG